CCCUUGAUUGAGUUUUCAAUCUGGUUUAUUCGUAAUUAACAUAUGAAUUGGCUUGAUACAACUUCCCUCUCUAUCAUAGCUACAUCAGCUUUCAAAAAGGCUCAGAAAAAAAUUGAUAGAAUAUUAGAAAUUCAAGAUGAAGAUGGUGCUAAUCUAAAAUUUAAAUCUAAUGAGAAUGAUUCAACUGUAAUAGUAAAUGAAUCAAAUAAUUCAAAAUCUAAUACAAAGAUUUCUAAAUUAACGGAAAUGUUGGAAAUAUGUAAAGAUGCUAUAAUUGAUAAAGAAAUUCAACAUAAUUUUUCUGAUAAAACAAAGGGUAUUGAUAUUGCAGAUAGUUGGAAUGAGUGGAAUGGUGAAGAUGUAAUAAAAGAAAAUGUUAAUGAAAUCCUACAAAACAAUAUAGCCAUUCACAAUAUUGAUGAGGUCUUUUCCAAUCCUAGUCCACCAGAAUUGGUUAUCAGCAGUGCCUCACAAGUUAAUUUGUCUUUGACUGGUUCUUAUCAAGAUGAAACUCCUAACUUAGAUGAUCAAGAAGGUUUUAGAUCGCAUACUAAUAAAAACGCGAAUGAAAUAGUUUCCGGACUGACCACAGAGAAACAUUUGGACCACAAUAUUGACGAUAAAAUUUAUAACAAAACGAUUGGCCAUACUGAAUCUAACCAAUCCUUUAAAUCCACCAAAAUGAAACCAUGCUUUAUCCUUCAUUCUCCUUCUCAUUCCGCUAUUUUACCUAAUCAAGAUUAUAAUUUUCACGAUCUUAAUUUGGCCGCUCAAAAUGAAUCCCUGAAAGAUCAUUCGAGUGAUUAUGAUGAUCCACUAGCAACUGUUAAAAUUGAUGAUAAUUAUGAUAGUAAUAUUGAACCUAAAAUGGAUAAAGUUGAAAUAGAGGAAAAUAUGGCAAAAAUAUAUCGUGGUCUAUUUGAAAAUGAGGAAGCAAGAACUAAGCAGGAAUAUUAUAAUGAUAGCAAAUCAAUCAAAAUCGAAAAAAUAAGUGGUGACAUAUUAUUUGACACAAAUAAUAUCAAUAUAAUUGAAAACCAGAAAAUCAGUCAAUCCUUUAAAAAUUUUAACGUUAAAAAUGAUUGUGAAUAUCAUAUUACAGAUACCGAUAUAAAUUCAUCCUCUCAUUCCACCCUCACUUUCAGCGUGUUACAUCCUCCCAUCAUAACACCAUCAAACGAUAAAAACAUUUUACGAGAUGAUAACAUAAAUUUUGUCGUAGAUUUGGAAAAUAAAAUAAUUACAGACGAAAUAUUGUUAGCUUCAGAAGAUCUAAAAUCAUAUGAAAAUAAUACAAAAUCAAAUGACAAAAUUAGGUUUAUAGAUGGCCUGAGAGAAUCAGACUAUAUAACAAAACUUCUCUGUAAAGCAGAUGACGAUAAUAACCACAUUAUAAUAUCUGCUAGUUUGGGAAAGGAAUAUAAAAAAAGCAUUAAUGUGGAAAACAUUAAUUAUGAUAAUAAACUCCCUCAUAACAACCUCAAUAUUAUUACAGACAACACUACUCUCAUAGCAGACGUAGAUAUCAAUCUUCCGUUAAACAAUUUUUUAGAGUCACGUGACAAAAUUAUGACAAAAUAUCUAUACCACGAAGAUGUUGAAUUAGCGGAAGAUAAUGUUAUAGUAGACGAUAAACUAAUCGUUGCCGAGGACCAUAAUAUCAACGCGAACCUUUUACUGACAGAUUUUCUAGGAGCAGAGGAUCUAGUAUCAGAAACAGACGAUCGCUUGGUAAAAAACCAGUCCACCAUCGAUGCUACAAGGAUGCGCAGUAAUACAUCUUCCGAUAUAGAAAUUCUGUCCCUUCCACCUACUAGUGUGUGUUCUUCUGAUUUCACUGGUACUGGUAAUUUGGAAGAAAUUGAGGAAAUGAUGAAGGAUAAUUCGAAUUCUUUUAGGCCUUACAAUCAUCCUCAAUAUCUAAGACCCCUGUGUCACAUCAAGACCCAUAACCCGAGCAACAUUUCCGCUCAAGAUGGCUACUACGACACUAAAAGUUCGAAAACUCAAGCCAAAAAGUCGGCUAUAAUAUUACCCAUAGCGGCUACUCACAUCAAGCUCCAACCAAAGCAGGAUGAACAGGACAAUAAAGCAGCGAAUGAGAAUUCGAGUUUGAUUUUAAAAGUCAGGGAAGAGCAAAUACUGAAACUAUCCAAAGAAAACAUGGAAAUUAAGGAGGAACUCGCUAAAAUGAGGGAUAAAAUUAAUACGGAUCAUGAAGAAGUCGACGAUUUAAAGCGAGAAUUUGGUCAAAGGAUAAGCGAAUUGGAGAAGAAGCUUUCGGUUGCUAACAAAGACAAAGACAUGUUGAAGAAACAAAUCAGAUCUUUAACAGCGGAUAAAACUUCCUCUAACAUCCCAUCGAUCACAAAUAUGAAUGAAAUACAUCAAUUGAAUAAAAUAUUGGAAGAGAAGGAUCAAGUCAUCAACGAACUCAGGGGAGAAGGUGAAAAAUUGUCUAAACAACAUUUGCUACAUUCCUCGUUGGUGAAAAAGCUGAGGAGUAAAGAGAAACGAUUAGAAACGGAUCUAAACAAUUCUAACAAAAGGGUCGAAGAAUUAACCGUCGAAACAAAUAAACUCAAGGAGAAAUUGACCACGAAGGAAACAGUAGAAGAUGAACAUUCAGAACUAUUGCAACAAAUAACGGCGGAUAAUAUACUCAAAACGGAACGAAUCAACGAAUUGGAAGGAAACUAUCACGAAACUUUGGAAAAAUCUAACAGUUUACAAACCGGGUUAACUGGAGCUUACAAGGAAAUUAGCGCUUUGCAGAAGUCCGUAGCCGAUAAAGAAAAAACUAUUCAGGAAAUUGAAAGCGACAAAAAAUUAGCUUUGGAUAUAGCUAUCAAAAGUUUGAAACUUGAUAUGGAGAAAGAUGACGAGGAUAAAAGGAUAUUUUUAUGCGACCAGGUAAAGGAACUCGAUAAAGCAUUGGAAGAAGCAAAAGAUUCUGGUAAAUUUAGGGAAGCCAAUUUGCAAAGGGAAAUUGAUCAUUUGAGAGAAACUUUAAAAAGCUGUGAAAACAAAAGAGCCGAUAUAUCCUGUGAUUUAAGCUCGGCCACCAGGCCUCUGGUGAUUCAAAUUGAUGAUUUAAAGGCAAGCUUAGUGGCUCGGAAAGAUGAAAACGGUCGAUUCAGAAGGGAAUACGAACAAAAAAUGGAAACCACAAUGACAUCAUUAGAAGAGAGCCAAAAACAUCAAAACUUUUACAGACAAAAAAUUCAAGAUCUUGAAAUAGAGAUAGCUAACAUUAGCGAACAAUUAAGAUUGUCCCAUCUCAACCAAGGUGAGGUUAUGAGACUGAACACCCUGCUGAAUGACGAAAUAGAAUCAAUCAAACAGCGGAAGGAAAAGUUAGUCACUGAAAAAAAAUCCUACAUUGAGGAAAUUUCCUCACUUCAAUUUGAAAUACGAAAUCUUAAAUUGGAACUCGAUAAUACUAAAGACUUUAAAACAAAACAACACUCAACUUUAUUAUCACGCUCUUCCCAUCCCGCAUUACCAAAUGACUCACACAAAGAUCCCCUUUUAAACCUUUCGAAACUGAUAAAUUCCUCCAAGUUGAACGACAACGAUUCGCUUUACAAAAAUCCAUACGAUUAUUCAACAGCUUUAUCCGGUUCAAACAGCAAUUUGGAUCAGGAAAAUCUCGUUAAUUCAUACAAUACUAGAAAAUCCAAAAAAUAUUAUGCAAGUACCUCCAGAAAUAUGAUGAUCGUCGAUGAAUCUGAUAACCAUCCCGCGUUACCUCUCGACAAUCGAUCUUAUUAUACUAACGAUGAAUCCGUUGGGAGUUUGGGAAAUAUAUCAUCGAUUAGCGACACCCUUCCAUUUGACGAACGCCAAUCCUCGAUUUCUUUCGAAGAAUCGCAUAACUCUAUGUCUACGCUGGCCGAUGAAGACCUAAUAUACAACCAAAAUGAUCAUGAUCGGGACUACACAAAUUUCGAAGGAGGUUGGGUCGACAUCGAAAAAUUUGAAUUUCAGAUCAAAUUAAAAGAAGGGCAUAUCCAAAAACUUAAAUCACAACUCCGAAAAUUAACUAUCAGAAUAAAUUUUCUAAAUGCGGAAUCGUCUAAAAAUUCGGAAAUCUAUGCUCAAUUGACCCAAACUCGUGAAGAAUGCGCAACUCUGGCCACCGAUCUAAAGCAACUUAAAUUUAGGUAUUCGGCCCUACUUGAAAUGUACGGAGAGAAAGAAGAAAGCUUGCAAGAACUUCAACUCGAUUUACAAGAGAUUAAAUGUCUAUACAGGGAUCAAAUGGACAUUCUCACGAACAAUUCUCCUAAAUCUAUGCUUAGUACAAAUAUCGUCGAUAGUUGAUUCUUACGCAGAUAUGUAGUAUUCCCUGGCAAUGAUUUAUAAGAAAUAUAUAUCUAAAGCAAAAUAUUUAUUGGAAGUUACUUUUUUCUAUAAUUUAUUUAGGCAGACAUCUAAAAAAAACAAAAUGUUCUCACUUUUUAAUGGGAGUUUUAUAUGCGUUAAUUGGUAACAUCAUUUUUUAAAGAAAGACUACUUUUAUUUAAGAGUUAAUCCUUUUUAUUUUUCCCCUUUCCUUCCAUUUCUUUUCAUAUCUCGUUAAACUAAUCGAUUCCGGAAGUGGACAGAAUUUUGCGUUUAGGACUUAUAAAAAAAAUAUAAUCUCUUGUACGCGAUAAUUCUUGGGUUUUUAUUUCAUGAUUCUUCUAACGAUGUGUGAUAAUUAAAUAUUAAUAAUUUGAAGAAAUUGCACACAAUGUUCUAUACAUUGGUUUAUUUAUUAUAUAUAUUUUAUGCCAAUUUAAAAAAAAAUGACUGUGAUUUCGCUUAAAUUAUAAUCCAUAUAUUCUAAAAUAUUAUAAUUGACUUUUUAAAACCUUUUUAUCUACCCUCAUUUUGCUUUCAAAUAUAUUCAUAUAUAAAUGUUAUUGUUUUUGGCAAAGUGUUAAUCUAAUAUACAUACCUGGUU